GUGGAAUCCUAGAGAGAUGAAGAUGGAGGAUGAGUCUUGAGCUUCAAAUUGGCUAAGUUCUUUUGUUUCCUAUCCUCUUCUCUUUUUACUAGAUGGUGAAUUUCUCAUAUGGAUUGGCUGCUAAAAAAUCCACAAGUUCACUAUCUCCAGAAAGCCUACUGUGCAAAUUCCAGAAUUGUCAAAGCUUCUUGAUUGAGCAUUUCUAACUCUCUUUCUACUUGUUUGGUGUUGUUUUUGAUUUUUUUUUUAUUUUUAUUGUUUUUAAUUCUAAUAGAAAAAAAAAGAAAAAAAAAAUUUCUCUUGAUUUUUGUUUGCUUGCAUUUCCACUCAUACACUUGCAAAGGGCAUAUCAUUUGAGCUUCCUUGGUCUUUCCAUCAUUUUGAGCUUGAAUUUGAAUCAUUGCUUGUGGAUAUAAAUUUCAUUGCAUUUUAUGGCUUGGUUUCAUGAUCAUGAUUCAUUCCAUCAUUCAUUUGACAUCCAUUCCCAUCCAUUUCCAGCGCUUAACAUUGACCAUACAUCCCAUUUCCAUAAUCAAUUUCAACAAUAUAACUUUGAUUAUCCACCCCCAUAUCAUGAUCAUUUCCAUCCAAGUCACAAUUAUGAAUUUUUCAAUCCCAUGAGUUUUGAAUCCAAUCUAAGCACUCAUGUUGAGAGUACACCAUCCAUUGACAUUGAGCAUCUAGAAAAAUUAUAUGCACAAAGGGGUAAAUUUUAUUGUGUGCAUUGUGAGGCUAUCUCCCACUUCUAUUAUGAUUGUCCUAUUCUAAAAGGAUAUUGUGAACCACAUGGAGUAGCCCAAGCCUCACAAGAGAGAAAUUACAUGUUUCAAGUUGAAGACACACAAAAAGUUGCUCAUGAAGCUAUUGAGAAUAUAAAUACACCUCAAGCCACUCAAUCUCCAAAAGAGAAGGAGUCAAUCCAACCCUUACUUCAAGAGGUAAUUUCUCCUAUUCCUAUUGAGGUUGAUUCUUCUUCACAUUUGACUUUAUCUAAUGAUGAGCAUAAUGAUUUAAAUGAUGAUGACGUAGAUGAAGAAAUUAUAGUUGAAUCACCUUGGAUGUUUGAGCAUGAAUCAUAUUGUGAAAAAGUAUACCCUUGGGAGAAAAACACUUUGAGUUCACAUGAUAAUUCUCUUGAUUUAAAUUCAAAUAUCAUUGAAAGUGUUGACUCUUCACUUAGCUUGAAUAAAGAAAAUGAAAUGGAUGUUGAUGGUGGCGAUGAUGUAUCUUGUAUGCUUGAAAUUCCAAUUCCUUCUUGUGAUAUUGUUAAUAGUGCACAUGCACUUGUUUCUUCUAACCAUGAUGUGCUUGAGAAAGGUUGUUUACCUUCUUUUGUAGGUGAACAAGGCAAUGUAGCCAAACCAUCUCUUGAUUUCAAAGAGGAACUUGCUCAACUUGAAAAGGCUGUAGCUCCUACUAAGGAUUUGAACAAGGAAUUGAAAAUAACUCAAGAUGACAAGGAGGUUGAAAAUCAAGGAAUUGAUUUUACAAAGCCAAAUAGUAAUGAGAAUAAUAUUGAUUUAAUGCUUGAUGAUUUUGAUGAUGAGUUGGCUUUGUUUCAUAGUACUUGUUCUAAUUUCCUAUUCACUUGUGAUUGUUCACAUGAUUCUCCAUGCCCUAUUUGUUUAGAAAUUAAUUCAUUUGUGCUUGAAAAUAGUAGCAAUCAUUUACUUGAUAAAAUAAUUGAUGAUGUAUGUUUGAGUGAAAUUAAUCAUGAGUGCACUUCUUUAGAACCCAAUAUGCUUGAGGAAGGGUUCUUUGUUGAUUUUAUAGGUCUAAAUGAUGAUAUGGCCAAGAACCCCCAUGUACUUAGAGGAUUUAUCAUUGCAAUGGAAGAGACCUUGGCUAACCAUGAAGAUGAUCAACCACAUAAAGUUAUGAAAGAUUCUACACCAUACAUCUUGGAGCCAUUACAAAUUGAUCUUGAGCCUCCACCUAAGAUGCUUGGAAUGAAGAUGAUAAUGAGUAGCUUCAUGUUACUCCUCAAAGAUGAAAAUUUCAACUUCAAGAGCUUGUGGAGAUUUAAACUAGGUGGCAUGUGACUUGUGCAUCAAUUGGGCAAUUGAGGUCAACACUCCUUGAGGUCAAUGGCUGAUGGUUUGCACGUGAA